UCUAACCGACGUUCUGCCGCGAUCUCCAAGCCAGCACCUUACUGGGAAGGGACAGCAGUCAUUAAUGGAGAGUUUAAAGAGCUGAAAUUAACAGAUUAUGAAGGAAAAUAUCUUGUCUUCUUCUUCUAUCCUCUUGACUUUACAUUUGUAUGUCCAACUGAGAUAAUCGCCUUCAGUGACAGAAUUGAAGAAUUCAGAGCAAUAAAUACCGAAGUAGUAGCAUGUUCUGUGGACUCAAAGUUCACUCACUUAGCAUGGAUUAAUACUCCUCGAAAACAAGGAGGACUCGGACCUAUGAAGAUUCCACUUCUUUCAGACUUGACACACCAAAUUUCAAAGGAUUACGGAGUAUAUCUGGAAGAUCAAGGGCACACACUUAGAGGCCUUUUCAUUAUUGAUGAUAAGAGGAUCCUUCGACAGAUCACGAUGAAUGACCUUCCUGUUGGGAGAUCAGUGGAUGAAACGCUUCGUUUAGUCCAAGCGUUCCAAUACACAGACAAACAUGGAGAAGUUUGCCCCGCUGGUUGGAAACCUGGCAGUGAAACAAUAAUUCCAGAUCCAGCUGGAAAACUGAAGUAUUUUGAUAAGCUAAACUGAGGCUCGCUUCUGUUGAAUUACAUAGGUCACAUUCAACUUAAUUUUUGCCAAUAAAAUUUCAUUAAUUUU